AUGUUUAAAAUAUUGGCUCCGGUUAGUUUGGGUUUCUUGAAAUCGAUGAAAAGUGCAGCAAACGUGGCUGUUGCUAAUUUGCUGUCCUUUUUAUUAGUAAAAUUGAGAAUCCGUGAAAAGAAGAAAAGUUUAAAAAUUUCUCUGGAAGUGGAGAAAUAUGAUAUCGGUAUACAAGUUAUGAAGCUUACAUUGAUUAUGACUGUGCGGUCUUUGGCAGCAGAAUCUGAUAGGGCAUAUCAAAAUGGUCCUCUUGAGCAUACAUUUAACCAAGUAGCCUCCCUAAUACCCAAAGGAGAUGUAGAUAUCAGUUUGUCCAGUUUUGAAUCAGCUAACCAGUAUACUAGCAGGUUAGACUGGUUUACCGUUGAUCUUGAAGGUGAACAUUCUGCCAUGGAUGCUGAUAUUCUUGAAGAACACGCUAAAUAUGUUGUAUAUGCUAUACACAAGAUUUUGGACCAAUAUAAUGUGUCUUAUGAUGCUCGAACAAGAGACGGUGCUGCAAAUUCUGGGAGUUCGCCAAAAAGUGUGAUAUUGGUUGGUCAUUCUAUGGGUGGUUUUGUUGCUAGAGCUGCUGUUAUUCAUCCCCAUCUUAGGAAAUCAGCAGUUCAAACUAUUCUUACACUUUCAUUCCCACAUCAAUCACCUCCUGUGGCAUUGCAGCCUUCCUUGGGUCAUUAUUUUGCACGUGUAAAUUCAAAAUGGAGAGAAGGAUACGAGGUUCAAACCACUAACACAGGACGAUAUGUGUCAGGUCCAGUACUCUCUGAUGUUGUUGUUGUAUCUAUUUCUGGUGCAUAUACUGAUUACCAGGUACGAUCAACGUUAGCGUCGCUUGAUAAUAUUGUACCACCAACACAUGGCUUCAUGAUCAGCAGUACAGGCAUGAAUAAUGUGUGGUUGUCAAUGGAACAUCAGGCUAUAUUGUGGUGCAAUCAGUUAGUUGCCCAGGUAUCACACACACUUCUUAGUUUGAUAGAUGCCAUAACUGGACAACCUUUUUCUGAUUCUCCGAAGAGACUUGCAGUUUUUGCAAGAAUGUUGCAUAGUGGAAUAUCACAUAAUUUCAACCGGAUGAUGCAAUUGCCCUCUUCUAAACAGUCGAUAAACAUUCCUGUCCAGAAUACAAAAGACGCCUCUGAAUUGAGGGGUCACACAAUUGUGACUAGCACUAGUGUCUACCAUUAUCAUUAUGCAUUCGCCUUUCACCAUUCCCUGCAAACGCAAGGUUCAAAUGGAAAAAGUCAUUUUGUGUUAGUGACCAAUCUUGAGCCAUGUUCUGGAAUCAGACUUCAUUUGUGGCCUGAAAAUGGGAAAUCAGCAUCAAGUUUGCCUCUCACUGAUAGGGUUAUGGAAGUGACAUCAAAGAUGAUGCGUAUUCCCUUAGGUCCAGCAACACGGCAGCUUGAAUCUGGCAGUCAAACCGAGCAACCUCCUCCAUCUGCUGUAUUUUGGUUAGGACCUGAAAAUAUGCAUGGCUUCAGAUUUUUAACUAUCUCCGUUGCACCUCGUCCGGUACAAUAUCAAAAUUAUGUAUUUGUGAUUAUUAUUUAUUUUUCAUACAAGUCAUUUGCUCACAGAUAUAGGUUGGUAUUUCAGGGCUCUGCAAAUUUUCCAUCUGUUGCACUUGCUUGGGAUGAUAUAGCUGGAUUUCAUAUAUAUCCAAAUUUGAACAGUGAAACUAUUUUUGUUGAUUCCUCACCAGCACAGUGGAGUUCCCCUCAGCAAUCUGAAAAAACGGUGGUUCUUCUGCUGGUUGACCCACAUUGUUCUUAUAAAAGUAGCAUUUCAAUAUCUGUUAGUGUUGCUGCAAGUAGACUUCUACUAUUGUAUAUUUAUUUAAUGUUGUUUAUGCAGAUUAUUGGUCUCUCUAUUGCCGUUGUUUUCUUUGCUCUAAUGCAGCAAGCACAUUCUUGGGAUCUUAAUCAACGGAUUCCAUCAAUGUUGACUGAUGUCGAGUUCAAUUUGACACUAAUGUCUCGUUUGUUUCCCCUAGCCGUUGUACCCAUUAUCAUUGCCUUAUUCAUUUCCUUCUCUAUGUCUCAACCAUUCCUUCAAUUUGCUAGCUUCACUAGCAUCACUCUAAUUUGUUAUAUCAUUGCAAAUGACUUUAUAGCCAUUCUAAUUUUGAUAUCUUGGUAUUCUUUGUGGUUGCUGUUACACAUAUUUGCAUCAAGACAAGGUUAGUAGAUUGAUAGUUACCACCCCAAAUUGUGCAUACUGAUACAUGUCUUCUAAAGUCGAGCGGAGUAGCCAUGAUUUUAAUAGCAAUUUGAUUUAGUGAAUCACAUUUUCGGCGAAUA